GCGAGUCCAAGUAGCCCCUCCACUCCCCCACCGCCCCCUUUAUAUUCUGGCCUGUAGCCUCACUUCCCGAGUCUCACUUCCACAUGAAUCCGGCGAGAUUUGAUGCCGUAAGAGUGGGAAUUUGAAACCAUGGAGAGGGACAAUGGGGUGAAUCACGCAUACAUGGGGAGGGACUUCAGUUCUCUCAGUAUCAAUGACCACUCCUCGGCUUUUAGCGACUGUAACAGCGAUAGAUCUGGCGAAUUUCCGAUGGCUUCUUCCGAGAGCCGGCGAGUCCUCAUAGCCUGCGCCUCCGAGAACUCGGACGAGCUGAUCCGUCAACUCGUCUCUGAUCUAGAGUCCUGUUCAAUUGAAGAGCAAAAGCAAGCAGCCAUGGAGAUCAGACUCCUCACCAAGAAUAAACCGGAAAAUAGGCUCAAAGUCGCCAAAGCCGGUGCUGUGAAACCGUUGAUUUCUUUGGUUUCUUCCGCUGAUCCUCAUCUUCAGGAACACGGCGUCACGGCAAUUCUGAAUCUCUCGCUGUGCGACGAGAACAAGGAAUUCCUAGCUUCUUCCGGAGCGAUUAAGCCUCUUGUUCGAGCCCUGAGGACAGGAACUUCAACGGCCAAAGAGAACGCAGCCUGUGCUCUGCUUCGGCUAUCGCAAGUGGAAGAGAAUAAGAUUCCUAUCGGGCGGUCGGGAGCAAUUCCCCUCCUGGUGAACCUUUUGGGGAACGGAGGAUCCCGAGGGAAAAAGGACGCGUCGACUGCACUGUACUCUCUGUGCUCGGUGAAGGAGAACAAGGUCAAGGCCGUCCAAGCUGGAAUCAUGAAGUCGCUGGUGGAAUUGAUGGCGGAUUUCGAUUCAAACAUGGUGGAUAAGUCAGCCUACGUGCUGAGCCUACUGGUAUCUGUACCGGAAGCGAGGACAGCGUUGGUAGACGAGGGGGGUGUUCCGGUUCUGGUGGAGAUAAUCGAGGUGGGGUCCCAGAGACAGAAGGAGAUCGCGGUGGUCAUCUUGUUGCAGGUUUGUGAGGAUAGCGUGGCGUACCGUACUAUGGUGGCCCGCGAAGGAGCGAUUCCUCCCUUGGUGGCCUUGUCCCAGUCCGGCACCAAUAGCGCCAAGCAAAAGGCGGAGACACUGAUAGAGCUUCUACGGCGACCAAGAUACGGGUAGCAUCAGCGCCAAAGCGUAAGAGGUGUUAGUAUAAAUUAACAUACAUCAAGAUAUAUUUAUAAUUUUUUAUAUAAUUAUAUUUUAAAUUGAGGAUAUUUUUAUAAAAUACUCUUAAUUUAAAAUAAGAUUAUGUAAAAGAUUAUAAAAAUAGUUGUAUGUGCAUCUUAUUUCAUGUAUUCACCCGCCCACGCUUGCGCAUGUAGUCGUCACACAGAGAAAAGAGCAAGAAUAAAAUGAAAAACUGAAUUGUAAAUAUACAUGUAUGCAUCGGAGGAGUUUGUACAGUUUGUUAUAAAAAAAAAAAGUGGUCGAUGUUUUUGUUU